AUGCUCAAACUACUUCUAACGCUCUGCCUGCUGACCGUGGCCGCUGUGAUGGCCGAUAAGGAGCGGGUGAUUGAUGGGGCUGGUGCUCGAAUGCGUGGCCAUCAUCAUGCCGAUGGCGAGAGUGAUGAUGUUGAUCAUCAGGCAAUCCUUGGGUCCAAGCACCGCGCCGAGGAGUUCGACCAUCUGCCGGCCGAGGAGUCGCAGCAGCGACUCCGCGUCCUCGCCCAACGGAUGGACAAGAAUGGCGAUGGAUUUGUCGACGAGGCCGAGCUGACCGAGUGGAUCCGGAACUCGAUGAAGUCGCUGGAUGACGAGGAGGCUGGGGAGCGGAUGAAGGAGAUGGACAGCGAUGGCGACAACAAGAUCAGCUGGGAUGAAUACGUAGCCGACUCAUUCCCGGAGACCGACCUCGCCAAGCUCGACCACGACGACAAGAAGUUGCUCAACGAGGACAGGAAGUACUUUGCUGUCGCCGAUCAGGACGGCGACGGAAAGCUCUCGGAAGAAGAACUGCGCGCCUUCCUCAAUCCCGAGAACUAUGACCAUAUGCAUAAGGUUCUCGUGGAGGUAACGCUUAUGGAGAAAGACGAAAACGGCGAUGGCGCCAUCGACCUCAACGAGUUCCUCGGCGAGAUGAAAGACCAACCGCACUCCGAUUGGCAUCAGGUUGAAAAGACCCGAUUCGCCCAAGAGUACGACUUGGACAAGGACGGGUUCCUGCGAGGAGAAGAGGUGCGGAAGUGGCUGAUUCCGGAUUUGUAUCAGGUGGCCGUCCAAGAAAGCCGACAUCUGAUCCAGACGGCUGAUAAAGACCAAGACGGCAAGUUGUCGAUCGAGGAGAUCGUCGACGAGUACCGUACCUUCGUUGGAUCAGAAGCUACCAACUACGGAGAACACCUGAAGACGGUCCAUGAGGAGCUC